UAAAAUUGAGAAUAAACCCGUUCAUCGUUAGGUCACUUUUUCAAAAUAAAAAAUAAAAUAAAGUUAAAGUUAAAAGUAAUAAUAUUAAUUUGUGCAAGUAUUAAAGUUAUAAAUUUCAGGAAAAAAAUAAAUUGAGAAGCAGAGAGUGAGUGAGAGAUUGAUCGUUUAGGGUUUCGUAAGAGAAAAUGAGUAGCAGUUGGAGUAGAGGAGUUGGGAACGUGAGAACGUUCAUAGGGAAUUCCAUGGGAGGAUUAAGAGGGGGAGCCAAUUUGGCAUCUUGGGUUGUGGCUGGAACUUUGGCUUACUAUCUUUGGGUCAAGCCUUCUCAAGAUCUCAAUCGCCAGCAGCAAGAAAGAGCCGCUCUUGCUUCUUCUGAUCCUUAUCGCUAUAUCGAGAAACGGAAACCAAUUCCUGAUCCACAGGAUAAUGGUUUGAUAUACGGGAAGAGGAACAUAAUCGAUAAGGAAGAAGAGAAGUAAUUUAUUCAUUUGUAGAUUAAUUAAAGUUAAAGAAUUUUAUACACACACAGUUUUUUUUUUUUUAUUUCCCUGUAUAAGUGAGUAUUAAAAUAAGUUAUGAUAGGUCUCAUCAGAGGUAUUUUCUUAUGCUAUUUCCAUGGCAACCUAGAAUUAAGGUAUGUUUUUGUAAUUAGGCUUAUUUGCAAGAAAAAUUUCUGAACUUAUUAACAUUUCCUUUGGGAAAUAUGAAAUGAAAAAUUUAUGAGAGGAAUCCUAUCCCUCCUCCAA